GGGAGAAAGGUACCAGACUUCCACAAGGCAUGCCAACAGACUCCACACAUGCUUUUGCCGCACUGGGCCUCGACGUGCGAGAGAAGACCAGCUGGACUCCAGGCCAACAGCAAACGGUCGGCCUCAAACAUGACGGGAAGCUUAGCGCCACCGAGCCCGAUGGAGUCGGCGUGGGAAGCGUGGACUUCCAGACUGGCGCACGCAGCCGCUUCCGCAAAGAGGUGCGCGUCCCAAUCGCCCUGGAGAGCGCAGGUUGGCGCCUGAUUCGCCAGUGCUGCUGGCCUGUGCGUCGCGGGCUCUGCCGCAGUUCGCUGGGCGCCAGAGAGGCAGGCGCUCCACAGCUGUGCGGCGAGACGAGCGGCACUUGAUUACUUGAUUGCUGGAGCUGGCCGUCGGACAUCCGCAGCCGCGGGCGAAGCCCGAAGUCGCCUGCGACAGUUGGGCCAUGGCUCCAUGUGGGCGAGGAUCCAAGACGUGUCUUUGUGGUGGGUCUUGCGCGAGACGGCACGGCGACCCUGCGCCGCAGCUUGCGAGGGGCCGCCAGCGCGGCGCGCUGCAUGGGCAACCAGGGCGCUACCCGGGCGAGGCCCUGCGCGGGAAGCUCGCGCGCGAGCCUCGGCGCAGCCGGCCCCGCUAUCUUCCGCCGCCCACGUCUGCGUGUGGGCUGUUGCGUGUGGGCUGCGGGGGGAUCGAGCGGCACACCUGCACCCUCGUCG